AUGUCAUCGAAUCCGAACCAAGACGCGAAGACUCCGCUCCGACGAGAACGAGCCCCCACCAUCACGAUAGAUACAUCAGCUGUGACGUCCACCCCGGAUCCGUCACAACCUACUCUACAAGUCUCGACCGAGCCUGUUGAUGCGAGCGAUACUAGCGCUCUGUUACAUAACGGCACUCCGUCGCCGACGGAUCUGCGUUCGUCGGCCUCGAUUCGCUCAUCAGCUUCGUCGGAGGGCCGGGACCAUGAGAGUAGGCCGACAUCGCCACACAACGUAUCGUCUCCCACGUCGAAACUGACCGAGUCGAUGUCCAAUUCCAAUUUCCUCUCAGUUCCUGGCACCAGGUCUCGUGGAAAUUCACUUGAAUCUGAAGACUCGAGCCAGACUGCCAGCACCUAUGGAGGAGAAACGUAUGUUGGCCCGCCAUCGCAAGGAGCCCGUCCGGAAAAUGGGAAUAAGAACGGCAACAACGAUAAAAUUCUCAGUGAUGAGGAGGCUCUCAAGCCGGACCCUGGUCGCGAGGCCGAGUUCCAGGUGGAGGACAACAGAUUCGCCUUCUCCCCUGGUCAGCUGAAUAAACUUCUGAAUCCCAAGAGCCUCGGCGCGUUCCACGCGCUGGGUGGAUUGCAAGGAUUGGAAAAGGGGUUACGUACGAACCUGCGCAGCGGCCUGAGUGUGGAUGAAACUACCCUGGAGGGGACCGUGAGCUUCGAAGAGGGGCCACCAGCCAGAUCUAACACAGCUCCUGCGAAGCGACAGGACGACGCGUUUUCGGACCGGAAGAGAGUAUACAGCCUCAAUAAACUUCCCGAGAAGAAGCCUAAGACUAUUUUGGAACUUGCGUGGAUUGCAUACAACGACAAGGUCUUGAUUCUGCUGACCAUUGCCGCCGUUAUUUCGCUUGCCCUCGGUAUUUACCAGUCCGUCACAGCCACAGAUGGGGAAGCUCGGGUCCAAUGGGUAGAAGGUGUUGCCAUUAUUGUCGCUAUCGUGAUCGUGGUAGUCGUCGGUGCUGCCAACGAUUGGCAAAAAGAGCGCCAAUUUGUGAAGUUGAAUAAGAAGAAGGAGGACCGGCACGUCAAGGUCAUCCGUUCCGGCAAGACAGUGGAGAUUUCAGUCUAUGAUGUGCUGGUUGGUGACGUGAUGCAUCUCGAACCCGGAGACCUCGUCCCAGUCGACGGUGUCUUCAUCACUGGUCACAAUGUCAAGUGCGACGAAUCCUCCGCAACAGGCGAAUCCGAUGUUUUGCGCAAGACGCCCGGCAGCGACGUCUACCAGGCCAUCGAACGCCAUGAGAACCUCAAGAAGCUUGAUCCGUUCAUUGUUUCCGGUGCCAAGGUGUCCGAAGGUGUGGGAACGUUCUUGGUCACUGCUGUCGGUGUUAACUCAACAUAUGGUAAGACAUUGAUGUCCCUGCAAGACGAGGGCCAGACGACACCGCUGCAGUCGAAGUUGAACGUGCUUGCGGAGUAUAUCGCCAAACUUGGUCUCGCAGCCGGUCUGCUGCUGUUCGUCGUGCUGUUCAUCAAGUUCUUAGCCCAAUUGAAGGAUAUGCAUGGUGCCGACGCCAAAGGUCAGGCCUUCCUCCAGAUCUUCAUCGUUGCAGUCACCAUCAUCGUCGUUGCCGUCCCGGAAGGAUUGCCUCUCGCUGUCACACUUGCGCUCGCGUUCGCUACGACGCGAAUGUUGAAGGACAAUAACUUGGUGCGUUUGCUGAGGGCUUGCGAAACCAUGGGCAAUGCAACUACCAUCUGCUCGGACAAGACCGGUACGCUCACGGAAAAUAAAAUGACUGCCGUUGCCGCUACGCUGGGGACUUCCACGAAGUUUGGAGACAAGUCCGGUGGAGUGUCUUCCGGCCAGGCCAAUGGAGACCAUAGUGCCACCAACCCAUCCGGCAGUAUGGCGCCAUCUGAGUUUGCAUCAAGUCUCGCGGCGCCGGUGAAGGCGCUUCUGCUUGAUUCUAUCGUUCUUAAUUCCACUGCGUUCGAAGGAGAGCAGGAUGGAACAAUGACAUUCAUCGGAUCCAAGACCGAGACGGCCCUCCUCAGUUUCGCACGGACUUACUUGGGUAUGGGCUCGAUUAGCGAGGCGCGAUCGAAUGCCGAAAUCGCUCAGAUGGUUCCUUUCGACUCAGGACGUAAAUGCAUGGCCGUGGUCAUCAAGCUUGAGAAUGGGAAGUACCGGAUGCUGGUCAAAGGCGCGUCCGAAAUCUUACUUUCGAAAUCUGCACGCAUCAUUCGUGAUCCUACCAAAGAGGUAUCCGAUACGUCUCUCUCGGAAAAAGACCGGUCCGCCCUGGAGACCGUCAUUACGCACUACGCUACCCAGUCGCUCCGGACCAUUGGCCUGGUGUAUCGUGAUUUUGACCAGUGGCCCCUCGUGGAGCGCCUACCUCAGAGGAAGACCGUUCGCUGGCCCAACUCCGUCCGUCAAUGUCAAAAGGCCGGCGUAUUUGUGAGGAUGGUGACGGGUGAUAACAUUAUUACUGCCAAAGCUAUUGCUCAAGAAUGCGGAAUUUUCACACCCGGGGGUAUUGCUAUCGAAGGACCGAAGUUCCGCCAGUUGAGCAAUCGUCAGAUGCGUCAAAUUAUUCCCCGGUUGCAGGUUCUGGCAAGGUCCAGCCCCGAUGAUAAGAAGAUUCUGGUUACUCAACUUAAGAAGCUCGGGGAGACGGUUGCUGUCACUGGUGAUGGAACGAACGACGCUCAGGCUCUGAAGACCGCUGACGUUGGGUUUUCCAUGGGUAUCGCCGGUACUGAAGUUGCAAAGGAGGCGUCAGACAUUAUCCUGAUGGAUGACAAUUUUGCAUCGAUCGUCAAGGCUAUGGCUUGGGGUAGGACUGUCAACGAUGCAGUUAAGAAGUUUUUGCAGUUCCAAAUUACAGUCAACAUUACUGCAGUCUUGCUCACGUUCAUCUCGGCUGUGGCUAGUGGUGACGAAGAGUCGGUACUGACGGCUGUCCAGCUCUUAUGGGUCAACCUUAUUAUGGACACUUUCGCAGCCCUUGCUCUCGCAACGGAUCCUCCGACUCCUCACAUCCUCGACCGCAGACCUGAACCUAGAUCGGCACCCCUCAUCAACCUGACGAUGUGGAAAAUGAUAAUAGGACAAAGCAUCUUUCAGCUGGUCGUCACCCUUGUUCUGAACUUUGCUGGAAAAUCGAUAUUUAAACUUCAUUCAGACGAGGACAUGGAACGGCUCAAGACGACAGUCUUCAACACUUUCGUCUGGAUGCAGAUCUUCAACCAAUGGAACUCUCGUCGAAUUGACAACGGUCUGAACAUCUUCGAAGGCAUUUUCCGCAAUCGUUGGUUUAUUGGUAUUCAAUUCAUCAUUGUUGGAGGUCAAAUCUUGAUCAUCUUCGUGGGUGGGCAGGCGUUCUCGGUCAAACCUCUGGUGGGUUACCAAUGGGGCGUGUCUCUAAUACUCGGCGUGAUUUCGCUGCCUGUCGGUGUUAUUAUUCGACUUAUUCCGGACGAGUUCGUUUCCAGGCUCAUCCCCAGGUUCUGGACCCGCAAGAAGGGCCCCGAGCUUGUGGUUUCGGAUGAGGAUCGACGCUUCGAAUGGAAUCCUGCUCUGGAAGAGAUCAGAGACCAGCUGACUUUUCUCCACACUGUUCGCGGUGGCCGAUUGAGGAACUUGAAGCAUAAGCUGCAGCAUCCCCAAGAGCUACUUCCUAGAUCGCGCAGUGGAUCACGGUCGAGAGAGGAUUCUAUUCCCUCGACCCCUGUUGGCGAGAACGGCGGUACUUCACCCCAGCCUGCGACACCCGAGUCGCGCUCACGAAAGCGUACCCGAUCUCGCUCUAACUCUGCUUUCGGACCCGCUGCCGCCAUGGCCGGUGUGGUUGCUGGCAGUAUUGCGGGAUGGUCUCCGAUUGAAAGAGCGCCAGGCGAAAAUGACUCGGCCGGCUUCAAUUCGAGCAGCCCUCACGGGGGGCUGGAUAACCAAGAGGGGAUUGAAAUCCACCCGGACACAGCAGCCGACGAGCGUCUCGUCGGAGAUUAUCUAUCUACGUCCAAGACUCCCCCGAGUCAGAACCCCGACCUGAUCCCAUACUUUGAACACGCUCCUCCUGCCCGUGCACCCUCCAGCCGUAGCAGACGGUCUACAUCAGGACGAUCCCGAUCUAGCCAGAGCCAGUCGCGACAAAGCUAG